AUGUGGGUCGGUUUGUCGAACCUGAUGAAGACGGGCAAAUACAGAAACUCUUCAGUCACCCGGCAGGACAUCGUACGAGUAGUGACGCUGAAUCAAACCCGGGAAACAUACGUGCAGACGCGCAACUCCAAAGCUAACACAGAGGCAGACCUCACAGGUACGCUGGAUUACGCAAGACGGCGGUGGGUGAAGCGGGAAGAGGAUGCACACGUUGAGCCCGAUGACUGCAAGAUGACAACAGCCACUAGCGUCACCACCUCAUCCAGCGCUGUUCCGCGCGAUCAUCCAGCUACUGCCUCAACACGAAGCAAUCAAAACGACAGCGAGGCCGCGAGCCUAGGGCGGCUCACCGGUGGUGCACCGUGUCCCAACUUCCGCUCGCCAUGCGCCACCACCACCACCAGCUCGACCGACCAAAGCCCGCAACGCACGGGGCGCGGCGAACCGGGGCGACGGACGCACACCCCGACCCGGCCCGGCUACACCUGUAGCCGUAGUAGUUUUAAUUAUAAAUUUUACCGUUACCAAUACCUUCGACCUGUAGCUAUUCUGUACAUAGCGCUAGCGAUAAUUCUAGCACACGUGUCAGCGUUUGAGCCAGACUUUGUGUACCCUCUGGAGAACGUAACCGUGGCGAAAGGGCGCGACGCCACCUUCACCUGCGUGGUGAACAAUCUCGGUGGUUAUCGGGUGAGUGGGGAGGCAACUCCGGCCAGGGUUGCCUGGAUCAAGGCAGACGCGAAGGCAAUACUGGCGAUACACGAGCACGUCAUCACCAACAACGGGCGGCUGUCGGUGACGCACAACGACUACAACACCUGGACGCUGGUCAUCCGGAACGUGAAGAUGGAGGACCGGGGCGUCUACAUGUGUCAGGUCAACACGGACCCGAUGAAGAUGCAGACCGCCUUCCUCGAGGUGGUGAUACCGCCGGAUAUCAUCUACGAGGAGACGUCCGGCGACAUGAUGGUGCCGGAGGGUGGCUCCGCCAAGCUCAUCUGCAAGGCCCGGGGCUACCCGAAGCCGAAGAUUGUGUGGCGGCGCGAAGAUGGACGCGAAAUAAUCGCCCGCAACGGCACUCAUGGCAAGAUGAAAGCAACGAUAGUGGAAGGUGAGAUGCUUUCCCUGACGAAGGUGACGCGCUCAGAGAUGGGUGCCUACAUGUGCAUCGCCUCGAAUGGCGUCCCGCCGUCGGUGAGCAAGCGGCUCAAGCUGCAAGUACACUUUCAUCCACUGAUCCAGGUGCCAAAUCAGCUCGUCGGCGCUCCGCUCGGUACGGACGUGACGCUCAUCUGCAACGUCGAAGCCUCGCCGAAGGCCAUCAACUACUGGCAGCGUGAAAAUGGUGAAAUGAUCAUCUCGAACGAGCGGUAUUUGAUGAACGAAAACGAAAGCUCCAUGUACGCGGUCCAAAUGACGCUGGUCAUCCGGAAGCUGCACAAGGCGGACAUGGGCGGCUACAAGUGCAUCUCGAAGAACAGCAUCGGCGACGCGGAGGGCACGAUACGGCUGUACGAAAUGGAACUCCAGAAGAAAACCAAAUCGGCCCAUCGCCUCAACAGCGUAGAGGAUACCUCUAACAAUGACGAAAUCAACUCGACGCCCAACAUUGACCAGUCGGAGGAGAACAACAAGAUCCACAAAAACGGCCGGCUGUACAAGGGCCUGCAGGCCGGCGAGCACGACCUAAUUAGCUCGAGCAGCGGCGGCGUCGCCAGUAGCGUCCUGCGGACGGGGAACCUGCUCCUGGCGCUGCUCACCCUGGUCGCCGUCCCGGGUCUCCGAUGGCGGGCGCGUUCCUAG